AGGGGGAGGGUCAGUCACGUGACGGCCGCCUAAGUCCCGAUGCUCGUUCUUGCCAACUGCCCGGAGCAAGGGGCUCCAUCAGGGCAGAGAAAAAUUUGCAACUGUCUCCCUUCGAGAACCUUCCAGAAACGCCGCACUCCAGAUUCCAAACACCGCAUUCGCAGCAAACACCCUACAUAGCAGUUCUGGCUCAGCCCAUGCAACAGCACUAUGAGUUACAGUUGAAAAACAAGGAGGGGUCGCUUCACCGCGCGCACUAAUUCCAAAAAUCAUCUGCGCUUUCCCAUCCCCUUGCGUUCCCCAGGACAAGCUGCUGAAGGAAAUACUUCUCAACACCUAAAAUGUGUUUUUAGUGCUAAAACGGAAGUCACUUUUACUUUCCUGUAGGAGGUUUUAGUCACUGUUUUUUUUUUUUUUUUUUCCUCCCCUUAAAUCCUUCAAAGAUAGAACUAUUUUUUUCUUUCUCAUUCCGCGCCGUCUGCGGUGGUGGCGGCGUCGGCGUCGGCGGCGUCGACAACGUCACGACGCUGCGAGGUCGCCGCGCUGCAUGGCUGCAGGAAAGAGUCGGAGUUGGGAAGAGGGGGAGGGUUGUACCCCGAAGUGAAUAUCUCAGUUAGGCCCUGGCGCGGCCUACGCCAGUCCUUUACCCUUUUCAGCCUCUCCGCUCGGUCAUGGCUGAACACUCGGCCUCGAGACAUCCCGUGCCGCCCAUUGAGUCGGAGCUCUAUUUCCUCAUCGCCCGGUACCUGUCUGCCGGUCCUUGCCGGAGAGCAGCCCAAGUGCUGGUGCAGGAACUGGAACAGUACCAGUUGUUGCCGAAGAGAUUGGAUUGGGAAGGCAAUGAACAUGACUGGAAAUAUGAGGACUUGGUCUUGUCAAAUAAACAUGUGGCACCUGAUCAUCUGUUGCAAAUCUGUCAACGUAUUGGCCCUAUACUGGAUAAAGAAAUUCCACCCUGUAUUUCCAGAGUUACAUCUUUACUUGGUGCAGGAAGGCAGUCUUUGCUACGUACUGCAAAAGAUUGCCGAGCUACCGUUUGGAAGGGCUCUGCUUUUGCUGCUCUUCAUAGAGGAAGACCACCUGAAAUGCCUGUAAAUUAUGGUUCCCCACCAAAUCUUGUGGAGAUAAAUCGUGGAAAACAACUUACAGGAUGUGCCUCAUUUAGCAUGGCAUUUCCAGGAAGUAUGUAUCAACACAUAAAAAUGCAUAGGAGGAUUCUGGGACAUCUCUCUGCAGUUUACUGUGUUGCAUUUGAUAGGACAGGGCACAGAAUCUUUACUGGUUCAGAUGAUUGCUUGGUAAAAAUAUGGUCUACACAUAAUGGCAGGUUGUUGGCCACAUUAAGAGGCCAUUCUGCAGAAAUUUCUGAUAUGGCUGUGAACUAUGAAAAUACUAUGAUUGCUGCAGGAAGUUGUGAUAAAAUAAUUAGAGUGUGGUGCUUGAGAACUUGUGCUCCAGUUGCUGUGCUUCAGGGACACACUGGCUCAAUUACAUCUCUGCAGUUUAGUCCAAAGGCUAAUGGCUCUGAGAGAUACAUGGUGUCUACUGGUGCAGAUGGGACAGUUUGCUUUUGGCAGUGGGACUUAGAUUCCAUGAAAUUCAGUAAUCGUCCUUUGAAAUUCACUGAAAAACCUAGACCAGGGGUUCAAAUGCUUUGUUCGUCUUUUAGUGUUGGUGGCAUGUUCUUAGCAACAGGUAGUACUGAUCAUGUAAUCAGAAUGUAUUUUUUGGGCUUUGAAAUGCCUGAAAAAAUAGCAGAACUCGAAAGUCACACUGACAAAGUCGAUAGUAUCCAGUUUUCUAACAAUGGUGAUCGCUUCUUAAGUGGUAGCAGAGAUGGAACAGCAAGAAUUUGGAAAUUUGAGCAACCAGAAUGGAAAAGUAUUUUAUUGGAUAUGGCAACGAGAUUGUCAAGUGAUUCAUGUUCAGAAGAAGAAAAAUUUAUGAAACCAAAAGUAACAAUGAUAGCUUGGAACCGAAAUGACACCCUUGUUGUCACUGCUGUAAAUGACCAUGUACUCAAAGUAUGGAAUUCUCAUACUGGACAGCUACUUCAUAAUUUGGUGGGACAUACAGAUGAAGUAUUUGUUUUGGAGACACAUCCCUUUGAUUCCAGGAUCAUGCUGUCUGCAGGUCAUGAUGGAAAUAUAUUUAUAUGGGAUAUUACAAAAGGCAUUAAGACAAAGCAUUACUUCAAUAUGAUUGAAGGACAAGGACAUGGAGCUGUAUUUGACUGUAAAUUUUCAUCAGAUGGACAGCAUUUUGCUUGUACAGACUCUCAUGGACAUCUGCUUAUAUUUGGAUUUGGUUGCAGUAAACCUUAUGAGAAGAUUCCUGAUCAGAUGUUCUUCCAUACUGACUACCGACCACUGAUUCGCGAUUCAAAUAAUUAUGUCUUAGAUGAACAAACCCAACAGGCUCCUCAUCUUAUGCCUCCUCCAUUUUUGGUGGAUGUAGAUGGCAAUCCUCACCCAACUAAAUAUCAAAGAUUAGUACCUGGUCGGGAGAACUCUGCAGAUGAACAUUUGGUUCCACAGCUUGGAUAUGUGGCAACAAGUGAUGGAGAAGUCAUUGAACAGAUAAUAAGCCAACAUACCAAUGAUCUGGAUGAACAAAAUCCAGAAGCCAGGGUUCUUCUAGAUGGAAUGAUAAGACAGUUACAGCAGCAGCAAGAUCAGAGAAUAGGAGCAAAUCAAGAUGUUUUUCGAAAUGAUUUUCCAGAUGGGGAAGAAACACCAAGAAGAGGUUUUAGAAGACUAAGUUUAGAUGUCCAAUCUCCUCCAAAUAUUGGUUUGCGUCGUAGUGGGCAAGUUGAAGGCGUCCGUCAGAUGCAUCAGAAUGCUCCACGUAGUCAGAUUGCCACAGAACGUGAUCUGCAAGCUUGGAAACGAAGAGUGGUUGUGCCAGAAGUGCCACUGAGUAUAUUUCGAAAGCUGGAAGACUAUAGAAUUGGAAAAGGUGAAGAGGAGAAAAAUCUUUAUAUAACAGAAAGAAAAAAGAAGCCUCUUCAGUUAACUCAAAAGAUGGUUCCAAUAGCCCGUUCCAGACAGAGAAAUUUUAGAAAUAAAUAUUCAGGUUAUGAAAAUAAUUUCAGUCAUCUUGAGUCAUCAUCUGAGGAAGGAAAUGAGUCUCCUAGCUUCACGAGACAGGAUACGGCAACUCCAGAUCAAAGUGAAGAUUCUGGCAGUUCUGAAGAAGAAGAGGAAGAAGAAGAAUGGAAAAGUGAAGAAAAAAGUGAAAGUGACAGUGACAAUUCUAGUGAUUCUUCAGCCAGAUAUUCUGAUUGGAGGGCUGAUGUUGGUAUUAAUCUUCAGCCUCCUUUAAGAACCUCAUCUCGUCGUAGAAUCAUACGGUAUUGCAGUAGCUCAGAAGAUGAAGUAUCUGUUGAGAAGUUAUCUACUCCAAAGAGAAGGAGAAAGAGAAGGAAAAAAUGUAAACCUAAGAAGUCGAAUUUGCAGAGGAUGACUCCAGCUGAGCUUGAAAAUAUAGAACUUUUAUAUGAAUUUCAUCCUCCAGUUUGGAUAACAGAUACUACACUUCGAAAAUCUCCAUUUGUUCCUCAAAUGGGUGAUGAGGUAAUAUAUUUUCGACAAGGUCAUGAAGCUUAUGUUGAAGCAGUUAGGAGAAAUAAUAUUUAUGAGCUAAACCCCAACAAGGAGCCAUGGAAGAAAAUGGAUCUUAGAGAUCAAGAAUUGGUAAAAAUAGUUGGCAUGCGGUACGAGGUUGGUCCCCCUACACUCUGUUGCCUUAAACUCGCUUUUAUAGAUCCAGCCACUGGAAAACUUCUGGACAAGUCCUUCUCUCUUAAGUAUCACGAUAUGCCAGAUGUUAUUGACUUUCUUGUACUGCGUCAGUUUUAUGAUGAAGCACGACAAAGGAACUGGCAAGCUCGUGACAGAUUUCGAUCUAUAAUUGAUGAUGCUUGGUGGUUUGGAACAGUGUUAAGUCAAGAGCCCUUUCAACCACAGUAUCCAGAUAGUCAUUUCCAAUGUUACAAUGUUAAGUGGGACAAUACUGAAAUAGAAAAGCUUAGUCCAUGGGAUAUGGAACCAAUUCCUGAUAAUGUUGAUCCACCUGAAGAAUUGGGAGCUAGUAUUUCAGUGACUUCAGAUGAACUAGAGAAAUUGUUAUAUAAACCCCAGAAUGGUGAAUGGGGUAAAAAAUCCCGGGAUGAAGAAUGUGAAAGAAUAAUCAAUGGCAUUGAUCAACUUUUGAAUCUUGAUAUAGCUGCAGCUUUUGCAGGUCCAGUUGACCUAUGUACAUACCCAAAAUACUGUACAGUGGUAGCCUAUCCAACAGAUCUUUACACCAUUCGGAUGAGACUUGUCCAUCGAUUUUACAGGAGGAUUUCUGCGCUAGUCUGGGAAGUAAGGUAUAUAGAAUAUAAUGCCAGAACCUUUAAUGAACCUGGGAGUGCUAUUGCAAGAUCAGCUAAGAAGAUCACUGACCAACUUUUAAAAUUCAUUAACAAUCAAGACUGUACAAAUAUUUCUGAAUUUUGUAAUAAUACUGAAGAUGAUGAACAAGGCUCCACAGAUGCUGAUGAUUUGGAUGAGCAUGAUCUUCCUAAAACUUCUUCGGGAAAAAUACGAGAGCAUCAUUGGAAGAAAAGGAACAAUAAUAAAACUAAAUAUGAUAAAAAUAACUGGCAGAGACAAUGUAAAGAACUAGUGAACUUAAUUUUCCAGUGUGAAGAUUCUGAGCCAUUUAGACAUCCUGUUGAUUUGGUUGAGUAUCCAGACUAUAGAGAUAUUAUAGACACUCCAAUGGACUUUGGAACAGUGAAGGAAACUCUAGAAGCGGGAAAUUAUGACAACCCACUGGAAUUUUGCAAAGAUAUCCGAUUAAUAUUUAGUAAUGCUAAAGCAUAUACACCAAACAAAAGGUCAAAGAUUUACAGUAUGACUCUUAGAUUAUCUGCACUAUUUGAGGAAAAAAUAAGAAGAAUUUCCUCUGAUUUUAAAAUUGGGCAAAAAUACAGUGAAAAAUUACGAAGAAGUCAAAGGUGUAAGAAAAGGCAAGGUUCUACAUGUGGCUAUCAAUCUAGCAAAUACAGAAAUGUGAAAUGGAAACAAUUGAAAUCCCAGGCAAAAGUCAUACCUGACUUAGAAGGUUCUCCUACUCAAUCUACCUCUAAUAGUGCAGCUUGGUCUUCGAGCCAGAAGACCACAGUUAGUUUUUCUGCCAAUAUUACUUCUGGUGAUUCAUCUGAUUCUGCAACAACAUCUGAAAAAAUUGGAAAGACUAGACCCAUAACUCUAACAAAUUCUACAGUUUUAAGUGCUUCCAGUAGUUCAGAAGAAAGUAGAGAGAAUUCUGAAUCUCCUGAACCCUUAAUACGGAAUGGGCUCUCCAGAGGCAAAAGCAGAAAUUUCAUUGUCACUAGAAAUAGAACUUCUCAAAGAAAAAAUGGUUCUGUAUUUUUAGAAAAUGGUUGUGGCAGAAAAGCUGUACGCAAAAGGGUCUACUUGAGUGAUUCUGAUAAUUCAGUACCAACAAGUGAAACAAUCAAAGAUAAAGCUGGAAGUAACCGAAAAAUCCCACGCAAGUGUGCUGCUGUGGCUGCUAAUAAGAUUAAUAAGCUAAUGAGUGAUGUAGAAGAAGAUUUGAGCUCAGGAAGUGUUUGCUCUACAAGCAAAAACAGCAGGAAACUGCCUCACCGAAAUGCCUCUGCUGCAGCUAAAAAAAAGUUAUUAUAUAAUUCUGAGGAUGAUCAAAGUAUAAAGACAGGAAGUGAAAAGGAACAAAAAAAGCAAAAUCAGCCAGCAGCAGAGAUGUCUUCUGAUGCUACUAGGAAAAGUGUCAGUGAAUCUGAAAAUGAAAGUUCUGAGUCUGAUAGUAAUUUAAUGGUGUCACAAAAGAAUUGGCAUGCUAAUGGUUAUAAAGCCCAUACUGGAACAGGUUUUACAACAAAAUUUCCUGUAAUAGAAACUUCUGAGGAAGAUUCAGAAGGCUCUGAUUUGGAGAAGAGCAGUAAAAAAACCUGUCCAUCAACUUCUGCUGAGAAAUCCAAGGCCAGAAAGAGUUCUAAGGAGGAUGCAAAUUCUGAACCAAGUGAAUGGAGUGGUAAAAAAUGCAAGAAAACUUGUUGGAAGGGUGCUACUCAAUUUAGGAAAGCAAAAGUCCUAAGUGAUUCAGAGGAUUCUGAUGAAUGUGAAAAGAGUGAAAAAGAAGAUGGAAGCCAAUGUGAGCUGUUGAAAACAUCUUUGAAUUCAGGAAAUUUGAAGGAUGAGCCUCAUGCUGUUUCCAAAUAUUAUUUGAAACAUGAAUCAGAUUUGAAUUCUGAUCAUAGUUCUGACGAAGAUACAGAACCAAGUAAAAGGACAACAGAUGUUAUGAAAGAUUCUGUAUCCCAAGAAAAUGGACACAAUGGAAAAGCUUCUAAGAAAAGGAUUUGCUCCAGUGACUCAGACAGCAAUUCAGAAGUAGUUAAAUCAUUAAAAGGCAAAAUUGGUUUCCGAAGGAUUCCACGGAGAAGUGCUACAAUGGCUGCGAAUAAAAUAAGAUUAAUGAGUGAUGAUGAAGAUUUUAAGUCAGAAAAUGUGUGCACUAAAAGCAAUGGGUACAGGAAGAAGACCCUUAACUGUGCUACUAAACCUACGAAUGCAUUAUAUGAUUCUGAGGGAAAUACAAGUUUAAAGAGUGAAAUAGUAUUAAAUGAACAAAGUACCUCAGAAGAUCAACUACUUGAUACUGGUUCUGAUAGUAGUAGAAAAAAUGUUAGUAAGUCUAUAAAUGGAGACUUAGAUUCAGAAAGUAAUCAAAAAUGGCAUCCUAAUUGUCUCAAAGCUACUAGUGCUGCAUCUCAUACAACAGGAAAUUCCCUGAUUGAAUCUUCAAAUGAAGAGUCAAAAAGCCAUAAUCCAGAAGAUGAUAAUAGAAGGAAAGUUCCUUAUCAAUCAACUUUGGUGCAUAGGUCUACUUCAGAGAAUAGUGUUGAAGAGGAAAUGAGUUCUGGGGUAGGAAAAUGGACAGGUAGAAGAAGCAGAAGAAAAACUCGUCAAAAGAUUCCUUUAAGAAAGGCAGAGGUUCAUCAUGAUUUGCAAGACACAACAGAGUCUGAAAAGGGGACAAAGAACAAAUGUUCUGAAUCAAAAAUUUUGGAAAGUUCUGAAGUAGCAGCUAGUUCAAAGACUAAUCCCAAAUGUGAUUCAAAUCUGGAAACAGAAAGUGAUUCAGAUACUGCCUAUAGUGAUAACAUAAAAACAAAAAAAAGAAAAAGGAAUAGAAAAGCAAAUGUCACUAGAAGAAAUAGUAAUGCUUUUAAAGGUAACAUAUCUAAACCAAUGAGAUUACCAAGAAAAAGCAAACGACCAAGAUUAAGGUUGGAUGAUAAUGACUGGGAGGAUUUGGACUACACAAAAACUAAGAAAGCUCCACGACGUUCAAAAAUAAGAACAAGAAAUCAGGGUAGAAGAACUGUAAGAUAUAAUUAUGGGGAUGAUGAUAGAAUUUUAGAUGUAGAAAAUGUUUUUGAUAUAGGUGAUUGCACCUUAUGACCUUGAGGAAAAACCAGUUCAUUUUUUUUUUUUUUUUUUUUUUAGAGGAAUUGAACUGGAAUUCGUGGUGAAUAUUGGCUGUUCCAGUGAUUUUUUUUUUUUUUUUUUUUUUGGUUCUAUAAUUCAGGGAAUAUAUUUAUAUUUUUCUAUGAAAAAGUUAUGAAUGUGACUAAAUCAUGACUGUCCUUUUCCUCAUUUUUCCUUGACCUUGCUUAGGUAGCAGCAUUUAGCACAGGUGCCAAAAUAAGCUUCAUUUUGGGGCAGCUCUCAAUUUUGACUCUAUGUGACUACAUAUAGCAAGAGUUUAAAAUCUUUUAUGUCUAUAAACACUAGACAGCUGGCUAGUAUUAAUUGGUUGAUCAUUAUUUUUCACAGUAGCAAGUUAAUACUUUUCAUAGUUACUACUUUAUUAAAUUCUUAAGUAAGUCAUAGUUUCUAUUCUCUUUUGUUUAAUAUUAUCAUAAUUUUAUGUGAAUGUUUACAAAUAACUCAUAACAAGAGCUUACUGACAUUAAGAUCAUGGGAAGAGGAACUAUUUACUAGGUAGACAGAUAGUUAACUAUUUUGUUUUGGUUCCCUUUAGAAACUUUUAUUGCCACCACAGUUCAAUACAGGAUAUCAGCUCUAUUAAUUUUAAUUACUUCCAUUUUCCUUUGUAAAUGGUGUUGUACGUGUGCAUAUACACACAUACACACAUGCGUGCGCACACACACACACUUACACGCAUUCUAAUUUCUAUGCUGUAAACUUGAACUUAGAAACUACUGGUAAAUUGUUUUAUCCAGUCUUUUUUUGUUUAAAUGUUGAACAUGUUUCUUUAAAAAAAAAAAAAAAAAUUCCAAACAAGGUCAGAGCCAUAGCCUUUAUUUUGUCAUUUUCUUUAACAUCUGCACUAAUGUAUAAAUGCUGUAAAGCUUGCUUCUUAGCCACCUGAAAUCUUUCCUUUUUUUUUUUUUUAACAUUAAUGUAUUUAACCAAAGUGAAUUAGUAUUUUUAAUUACUUCAUCCUCCUAAAUGAAAAGAACGUGCCUUUAGUUUAAAAAAAAAUCAUUCUUAGUCAUCCUUGUUAUUUCAGUCUAGUUGAAAAAAAAAUUUAUCCUACUUCACUCUUCUACUUAUGUGAGUUUUUCAUCAAUAUUGAAAUUAAAAUUUUGGUUUUGUGACAGUGAAACUUCAUACAGGGAAAUGAGGCAAAUAUCUGUGGUGUUUGAAUUGAUUUGCCAUAUCACCUUGCAUUCACCUUGCAUUCCCAUACACCCUGGGCUACUAAAGUAACCAUACCAAUAUUAAUGUCAAUGGCCCUAAUAGUGUAGAUUUGCAAUUUCUAAGAAAACAAUAGUACAUGUUAGUUUAAUGAUUUUGAAACCAUUAAGUUAAACUUGGCACCUAAACAUUUGUAUUUUAUAAUAAUUUGUGGGUUCUUUUUUUGUUGUUGUUGUUUGUUUGCUAGGUUUCCUUAACCUUGUCUCUAUAUGUAGCCUCAUUGAGCUUUCAUGUGCCUGAAGUAGUACCUCCAGUAUAUUUUAUUAAGAACAGUUAUAUCCCCUGCACCUCUACUCUCCACCAUGGCUAGCUUUAAAUUUGGGUUUGGCAUCAGAUCGAAAUUUUAUUUCUCUAAUUUCCCUGAAAUCAUAGCUAUUGAAAACUGUAGAGAAGUUGGGUUUGUUUUUUGUUUUGUUUUUUUUUUUUUAAUUUCUGGGUUAGAGAAUCCUUUCCAAAGUGCUCAUAUAUUUCCCAGAAACUUAACACUGUCACCACCAUACUCUUCCUUACCAACAGGGAAGUGGUGUUCUAGACAGCAUUGACACAACCUAGGAUAUCUAUUCCUUUUAUCCUCAGGGGAAUUAUAAUUUCAGAUAUAAAAGCUAAUAUUUUUUCCCUCAUAAGUGUUUAAAAAAAGAGGCGGGGGGGAGGGGGAGGUAUUGUGUUAGUACAAUAUUCUGCCCCAGAUGGUUUGGGGUAUUGAAAUUGCUGUCUAGGGCACUAACUUAAAAAAAUUUUAAAUAUUCCUUGAACAUCUCCUAAUUUACUAUAAUAAAUUGUUAUGAAUCUAGUCCAUGAAUUAAUCUAAAUUCUUCCUCAGCUUCUUUGUUUAUACAUUUGCCACUGUCUUCUGUGUAAAGUAUCAAAAAUCUGAGUGCAUAUAAAUGUGGAAUAUUUAAAUGGGCUUAGGUUUUUAUAAUAUAAAGAAAAAUUUUCUUAUUGCAUGUAUACACAGAAUGAGUUUCACCAUCUGGACUAAACUAUCUAAUUGGUCAGUCCAGUCAAAAUGGUUAAACCAAUUGUUAGUAAAUAACAGCUUUCAUAUUUCAACAAGCAUAUAAUAGGAAAAACCAAGCACAGCAUCAUUUCACUUUAUGACUGUAAAGAUGUACUUGGAAAAAAGAUAAAUUAUAAAAAACAAAUAAAAUAAGAACUUGGUGCUAUAAAGGAAUUGUGUAGUUAUAGGUUGUUUUAAUCUUGGGUACUGUUCUCAACAUUUAGUUUUGAGAAAGAUACACACAUGCCUCUAUUUAAGAAAGUAAUAAAGGAAAUAUUUAUGUUUGACUUCCAGCAUGUGAACUUUAAAUUUUUUUAUUUUAAUUUUUUACUAAAGAAAUGUGAGAUCAUUCUAAUACAGAAAGUGUUAAACUUAUUCACUAUAAUACAAAUAUAAUGUUUGCUAAAAGUGAUUUAUCUUAAUCUAUAAUUUUAUUAAGUUAAAACAUUAAAGGUAUUGAGAUUUUAUUUCGCUUUCCUUUAGAAGAAGGAACAUAGCUUAACCAGGUUUGAUAUUAAUGGUUUCAAACAUUUAAAAGUAUUUAGGUAUGUGUCUAAUCUUGUACUAUCAAUAUGCCAAAUUUUUUUAAAUCAUGUUGUUUUUCCUACUUAAUGGCAAUAGUAUAUAGUUUUUAACUUAUGCCCUUCUUGUGAGAGUUCCUGGUAUUCUCAUUCUCUUUUUGAUUAAAGAAGAAAAAACCUAGGUUUCCAGAUUUAGAGAACAAGUCAAGUUCUUUGUUGGUGUUUUCAUGUUGUUUUUCGUAAGUGUUUUGGUAUGCUUUUAUGGGGAGGCAUGAAGAAACACUUGAUUUUCUUUCAAACUGUUUCACAGAAAGAAACAUUUUCAGAAAACAUAUACUCUCUGAAUUGGGAAAGCAUUGUGUUCUUACUUAACAUGAAACAAAAUUGAAAUCUAAAACAAGGCUGAAUUUUUUAAAAAUCCAAGACAGUUUUUAGCAAAAAAGGAAACUAUGAAAUGAUAAAAGAGGGGUGUCUUAUGUCAAAAACACAAAAUCCUUAGGAUUUCAUGUAAUUUAAGGAAGUUGCCAU